UGACUAUAAUGACUGCCGAAACUGAAUGUCGAACGAUCGAAAAUGAUUCGAAAAAAACUGUUGAUAAUAAAUAUUCGAUUCUUCUGCCCACGUACAACGAAUGCGAAAAUUUACCGAUUAUCAUAUGGUUGAUCGUCAAGUAUAUGGAUCAGUGCUGCUAUCCAUAUGAAGUGAUCAUUAUUGAUGAUGGUUCCCCGGACGGGACUUUAGAAGUUGCCAAAAAGUUGCAAAAACUGUAUGGCGAAGACAAAAUUGUAUUGAAACCACGAGAAAAAAAGCUUGGUUUGGGUACAGCCUACAUACAUGGCAUAAAAUAUGCAACUGGAAAUUUUAUUGUCAUUAUGGAUGCUGAUCUCUCGCACCAUCCAAAAUUCAUCCCAAAAAUGAUUGAGAAACAACUCGAAUCAUCUCUGGAUAUUGUGACUGGAACGAGAUAUGCCGGUGAAGGUGGAGUUUACGGCUGGGAUUUCAGAAGAAAACUAAUAAGCAGAAGCGCUAAUUUCCUUACUCAAUUGCUCCUGAGGCCAGGAGUCAGCGACUUGACAGGAAGUUUCAGACUUUACAAAAAAGAAGUGUUGGAAAAACUCGUACAAUCGUGUGUGUCCAAAGGCUAUGUUUUCCAAAUGGAAAUGAUGGUCAGAGCACGACAGUUCAGUUACACGAUAGGCGAAGUUCCAAUAUCGUUCGUUGAUCGUCUUUACGGAGAAUCCAAACUCGGGGGUUCGGAAAUCGUUCAAUUCGUCAAAGGCCUUUUGUAUCUAUUCGCCACUACGUGAUUUCCGAAUAAUUGAAUAUUCAAUCACUUUUAUCUAUGGUAGCCGAAAUCUACGGCAUUAUAUUCGGUCGAUUUAUAAACAUUCAAUUUUCGACUACGUCAAAAGUAUGCAAAAAUAUCAUCAAAUUCGAUGAUAAUCAGCUCUAAAUGAAUAAUCUAUUAAUCAAAUUGGUACCUGUAUACAGAAGCCUCCGUAAUAAAUGAAAUGAAACAAAAAAAAAUAGAUUCUGUCAGUAAAAAUAAACAAAUAGACUCCGAAUUAGUCCGAUAGUAAA